GGAAAAGUGAAAGUGGCGGAGGAGUUUGUGUGUGACACAGCGAGCAGCGUGGAGGAGAGGAGGGAAUCUGCGGGGCAGGGAGCACCACAGGUGGUGUUGCCCCUUCAGGCUUCUCCAAGGAACUGGAAGUCGCAGAACCAUGAGUCUUGCUUUACAUGAGCUCCUGCUCUGCUGCCGUCAGCUGGAGACUGACAAGGCCACGGAAAGACGGAAAGAAAUCGAUAAGUUUAAGCGCCUACUUCGAGACCAGGAGACAGUCCAGCAGUUAGAUCGUAACUCUGAUGCCCGUCAUGGUAAACAGCUGAACUGGGACACGGUAUUCAGGUUCCUACAGAAAUAUAUAUACAAGGAGACUGAAAGCCUGAAAUCUGCAAAAACAAAUGUCUCUCAUGCGACGCAAGCUGCUCGGCAGAAGAAAAUGCAAGAGAUUAGCAGUCUGGUGAAAUAUUUCAUCCGAUGUGCAAAUAAAAGAGCUCCACGGUUAAAAUGUACAGAGCUUUUACUUCAUGUGACCGACACUGUGAAAGACCCCACAACUUGCGCCACUUACGGGGCCGAUUACAGCAGCAUCCUGCUGAAAGAUAUUCUGACGGUGCGGAAGUACUGGUGUGAAAUGGCACCGCAGCAAUGGGCAGAUUUAGUGUCCAUUUACUUCAGCCUGUACUUGAAACCAAACCGUGCAAUAAACCGUCUGCUGGUGGCCCGUAUAAUCCAGACACUGACCAGAGGCUGCUGUCUCCAGACGGAGGGGAUGCACUCCAAGUUCUUCAUCUUCUUCUCUGUGGUGAUUCAGCGGGUCAGAGAGGAGAGAAAUCUGCCCGGCUUGGACCAGAUACUUGCUGCUCUGAACAUAUUCCUCAAUACAGCUGCUUUAAAUUACCGCAUGAGGGUGUGUAAAUUGGGGGAAGAUGUCUUCCCCAUAGUGCUACGAGUAUGGACCCAGCAGAGACCAAAUGAUGCCUUGAAAGAAGAGAUAGUGACGUUUUUUCGAUUAAUGCUACAUGUUCAUCACCCAAGAGGAGCCAAGACUGCAGAAGACGGUGCCUAUGCAUUUGACGGUGAUAAGUGGCAGCGGAAUUUGUACAAUUUGUACGAUGCCUUGAUGAGUGAGAUCAGUCAGAUUGGCAGUAGAGGGAAAUACUCCUCUGGAUCCCGAAACAUUGCAGUCAAGGAGAACUUGGUGGAACUCAUGGCAGACAUUUGUCAUCAGCUUUUUACAGAAGAUACCCGCAUCUUGGAAAUUACACAGGCUUCCUUUGCUGUAACUCAGAGAGACCCCCUUGGAUGUGGGGCCCCGAGCAAACGCAGAAGAAUAGAACUGGGUUGGGAAGUAGUCCGUGAUAAGCUUCAAAGAUCAAAGAAUGAUUUUGAUGUGAUUCCAUGGUUACAAAUUGCAGCAUGUCUGAUAUCCAGGCAUCCGGCGAGCCUACCAAGCGGUGAGCUGACGCCACUACUGUCCGUCCUUCACCAGCUCCUGGCUGAGCAGAGACGUGGAGAGAAAGCUGCCUUUGUCCUGAGAUGUUUGAAGGAAGUUGCCAUUUGUCAAAAGCAAAAGACAGACGUGACAGUCGGCCCAAAGUCAGACCUACAGAAACUCUGGACAAAAAUCUGGGCUGUUGCAUUGCGCAGUUUAAGCUCCCCACAGACUGAGGCCGAAAGCUUCGCCCUAUUAGGUGUCCUCUUACAAGGAGCUCUAGUGCCGGCAGAUAGAGAUUUUUGGAGGAUUUUCUCAGGGUCUGCCGGCAAGCCAUCCAGCUCCGCCGUGCAGUGCUUGUGUUUGGCCCUCACCUCCUGCGUUGUCCCAGAUCACCUUACAUCAAACCUGGAGUUACCUAUACACGAGGGCAACGGGGGCAAAACGGUGCUAAAGGAAGAGAUCAUUAAGUGGUUACUCUUUGGUCAUCUAGAUGAUGACGUGGAGGACAUCAACGAGCAGGCCCCAUUAAUAAACCAGUACUUUUCCCAGCCAUCCUUCCAGAAAUCUCUUGUUAGCCUCACAAUGAAGAAUUCCAGCGCUGCUAUGGACUAUUUUGGAAGCUUUCUGGAGUGUUCACACCAGACUAGAGGAAGGGAUUCACCUGGCUUCUCUGAUAUUGAAGAACUCCAUCUUGUCUCCUCUUUUAAUGAGAUAACUGUGCUGUCCAGUCCGCUGGACUCAGCAACCUGUCAAAACACGAGCUCCCUGUGUCUCACUGUGCAUCAGAGUAUUAGAAAGAAGCUGGAGCUCGACCUGCUCACUGUCUCCGAGCAGCUACUCAACAGCUAUUCCGCAGAGACUACACCUCCUGAAUCUUUGGUUCGAUGUGCAAGUCUCUUGACCGGAGUGUUAGCUUGUUACUGCCACGCGGGGGUCAUCAGUGAAGAUGGGGCUUGCCAGUCUAGUUUAUUUCAGAAAGCCAAGAUGUUGAUGCAGUGCGCUGGUGAGAGCACCUCCAUGUUAAAGGGGAAAUUAAAUGAAGAACCGAAAAUUGUAAUGUUGGGGGCAUUAAUAUCCCAAUGUCUGAACUGUGUUUGCAACUGCAUGAAGAUGGGUCCCUCUCAGUUCGCCACAGAUUUGUUUCUUCGGCUUAUAACACUGAGAAUGUCAACGGAUUUGUGUGAAAUAUGUCGACUCUUGGUGAGCAGCAAUGGCACAGUAGCUGAGGCCUUAGAUGGAGAUCCCAUGGAUACAGACAGAGAUACAAGAAUGGAUAUAGAAGACCAAGGAGAUGCAGACUUCUUCGAUGACCAUUCUAUUACUGAAGCCACAGAAAACAUAGAAAGUGGGGAACUACAGAAUAUCACUGGUGCAGUGAGUCCGCUAUCAGAAGAACAUUUGACCAAACCUGAGAUGGUGCUGUCUCAGACUCUACAAUUCCUGUGUUUCUGUGCAUCUCCUGCCAUCAAUCACAAUGUUAAUUUCAGACCUUCUGACAUAAGGAGAAGACUCUUGAACCUCAUUGAUACAACACUAGACACAAGCAAACCGCUGCAUCUCCGGGUGUUCUUACAGCUGCUAAAUGACCUGCCAGUGAAAGAUGUUGCUCUGCCCAUAGAUGACAUUAAUAUUGUGCUGAAAUCUCUUCCAGACGUUUGCUCCACCUACAGAAGAGACCAGGAGGUAUGUACAGCCAUUCUCCGAAGUCUCCUUCCUAUUAUAAGAUGUUUGGGGCAGGAUCAAGAGGACACAGAGGAGACGUCUGAAGCAGAGGGCCAACUGCUAAAUGUCAUUUGUGCUUUCUGGCGUUUAACAAAGGAUGGAAAAUAUGCUGCAGUGGUUCGUGUGGCACUUGUGAACUGUAUGAAGACUCUAAUUGAGGUUGACCCGCAGAGCAAGUGGGCAAUUCUCACUGUCGGAGAGACAGAUCUUUCUGUGAGAGACGCGUUCUCCGAAUUCCUUGCAGAUACCCAUCAACAAGUUCGUAUGCUCGCUGCUCAGGCUGCAAACAGGCUCUUCCAGGAUGUAAAGUCGCAGGCUCUGCCUCUGAAAUUGCAGCAAAAGGCUUUUGAAAAUGUGUACAUGAAGGUUCAGGAGGGAAUGCGUUAUUUGUCUCGCAGUGGACAGGACCCAGAGGAUCUUCCUGAUGAGAAGUAUAACAGAAAUUCUACGCUUCUCCUGUUGGUGUCCGUGAUCCUGUUCUCCAGCCCAGUGUGUGAGAAGCAGGCAUUAUUUGCCAUAUGUCAGUCUGUGAAACAAAAUAACCUGGAUCCUCAACAUAUCAGGAAGGUUUUGGAAAACGUUUCGACAGCUCUGGGAUACAGAAAUAUGAAGGACUUCAUGACCUCACACUUAGAUUACUUGGUUCUUGAGUGGCUUAAAAUGAAGGUCCCAGAAUACAAUGUUUCCACUUUUCCUUAUACUUUGUUAGAUUACUACAGUCUCAGAGACUUCUACAGAUCAUGCUACAAAGUGCUCAUUCCACCUCUAGCCAUAAGGAGUGAGUUUGAUGAAAUCAAGUCUAUGGCUCAGUGUAUUGAGGAAGACUGGAAGGUUAUGCUGGCUGAUUGUUUCCCUAGAAUUUUAGUGAAUAUAUUGCCGUAUUUUGCAUCAGAAUGCUCUAGUGACACAGAGAAGACCAAUAGGGAAGUUGCAUCGAAAGUCUAUGAUUUGCUACGAGGUGACAGUUGCCUAGGGACACAGCAAAUUGACAACUUAUUUCUGCGGAAUCUGCCAGAUAUUGUGGUGGAGUUACUGAUGACUUUGCAUGAGUCACCAAGUGACGGAGAAGCAAACGAGAGAGACGUUCUACAAUAUACAAGGGAACUGGAUCCGGCUCCGAACCCUCCGUAUUUUCCUUCCUCUGUGAUUCAAGCGACAUUAAAUUAUAUAAGCAGCUGUCACAAGAGCAAGCAGAAAAGUCUUAUAGCCAUUCUCUCAAAAACCCCAGAUGCUUUUCAAAAGAUUUUGCUGUCCAUAUGCAAACAAGCUGCAGAAAGCAACAAUAUCCACAAGAAGCAUCGUAUUCUCAUCAUUUAUCAUCUGUUUGUUAAUCUGCUGCUGGCAGAAAUUAAAGAUGGUUUAGGGGGAGCGUGGGCCUUCGUCCUCAGAGAUGUCAUUUAUACAUUGAUCCACCAUAUUAAUAGCCGAGUUGUUUCCCCUACAAAUGAUGUCUGCACUCGCAGUACGAUGCUGUGUGUUGAUCUUUUACAUCGGGUGUGCACAGCAGCAGUCACUUACUGCAAGGACGCACUGGAAAGCCACCUACAUGUCAUUGUGGGAAGCCUGAUCCCUCUAGCAAACUGUCAGGCUGAAAUUCAAGAACAGGUGUGCGAGUUGCUGACCUUUUUGGUAAUUGAAAGCCAGGAUAAUGAAAACCUCUACCACAUGAUUAAACUUCUGGACCCCUUCCCUGACCACCCUCUGUUCAGGAACCUGCGGCAGACCCAUCAGAAAAUCAAAUACAGCAAAGGAACUUUCUCACUGAUUGAGGAACUAAAUCAUUUUCUGUCUGUAAGUGUGUGUGAUUCUCUUCCCUUAACACGACUGGAGGGACUAAAUGACCUAAGAAAACAGUUACAACAGCACAAGGAUGAGAUGAAAGAUAUUGUGCGUGACUUCCAAGGAAAUCCUCAGAAUAAUGUCAUUCCAAAACUGGUGAUGAAUCUUUUAGAGUUGAGCAAGAAUGCAGCUGACCUCGAAAAUGGGAAAGAUGUACUGGAAGCCGUGGGGAGCUGCUUAGGAGAAUUGGGGCCGAUUGACUUCUGCACCAUAGCGCUGCAGCAGAGGAAGGAGCUGCUCUACGGCAAAGCUGGGGAGUUUUUUGAAGACGAGGAGCUUCAGUGUGUACUCGUUCUUCUGACAUUAAUAAAUAAUGCCCUGACGGAUCACUGCAUCAAUGUACGAUCAGCCACUGCCACAUGUUUGAAGAAUAUUCUGACUACAAAAACUGGUUGUCAGUUUUGGGAGUCGUACAAGGACUGUGGAGAUCCCAUGCUUGUCUACCUGCAGCCAUUCCGUACUCCAAAAAAGAAGGUCCUUCAGGUAGAAGAUAUGGAUAUCACAGGUGGUCCAUCUGACAAUUUGGAUGAUCACACUUUGUGGAUACCCCAAAAUGGCAACCAUGAGAACUGGAUAAAGAGCUUGACCUGUGCCUUACUUGAAAGUGGUGGAGUGAGAAGUGAGGUUCUACUCUUAAUAAAACCGAUGUGUGAGGUCAAAGCAGACUUCUGUCAGGCUAUGCUGCCUUAUGUUAUACAUAACAUCCUUCUCUCUGAUCCCAAUAACACAUGGAGGACACUUUUAUCAAAGCACAUCAAGGGGUUCUUCACAUCAUGCUGUCGAUCUGCACCGACAUCCAGCAGAUCCGCCACUCCAGCUAGUUCAGACUCAGAAUCAGAAGGGUUUGCCCGUGGAACAGUGAACAUUGCUUCCAGAAGAACGAUGCUCAGCAUUGUGGAGUAUUUGAGGAAGAAAAGACGACCGGGACAAGGAACAGCCUUUGAUGAUAAUUUCUGGCUUGAUCUGAAUUACCUUGAGGUUGCCAUGGCGGUGCAGUCCUGUGCAGCUCACUUUACUGCUCUGCUGUACACUGAAAUUUUCACCGACAAAGUCAAGCUAGAUGGAGAACAAAAGGCAAAGAGCAAAUCCACUGCCCACAAGUCUCUCAAGUUUGAAGAGGAGAGUCAGACCAUGACCAUCGUCAGUAUGAGUGAGAGAAGCAAAGAGGAAACCGGGAUAAGUUUGCAGGAUCUCAUGAUGGACAUUUACAGGAGUAUUGGAGAACCUGACAGCUUGUAUGGAUGUGGCGGGGGAAAAAUGCUUCAUCCACUGGCUAGAAUCCGAACAUAUGAACAUGAAGCGAAAUGGGGUAAAGCUUUGGUUACCUAUGACCUGGAAACCAACCUGACUCCGGCUACUCGCCAGGCUGGCAUCAUGCAGGCCUUACAGAACUUUGGCUUGUGUCACAUGCUGUCCACCUACCUGCGAGGCCUUGAGCAUGAGAAUCCAGAGUGGUCUUCAGAGCUGCAGGAGAUCCACUUUCAGGCAGCAUGGAGGAACAUGCAGUGGGAUCAGAGCCCGUCCUAUAAAAAUGAUGCUGCCGGUCCUGGCUACCAUCAGUCUCUGUACUGUGCUAUACAGUCCCUCAGAGACAAAGAAUUCCCAUCUUUUCAUGACCACAUUAAAUUUGCUAGGGUUAAAGAAGUUGAGGAGCUGUGUAAAGGCAGCCUUGAGUCAGUGUAUUCUCUGUAUCCCACGUUGUGCAGGCUGCAGGCCGUUGGUGAAUUGGCAAAUGCUGGUCAGAUGUUUUCAAGAGCCAUCACCGAGCAUCAGUUAAAGGACCUCUACAUGAAGUGGCAGCAGCAGUCUCAACUUCUUAAAGACAGCGACUUUGGCUUCCAGGAGCCUGUCCUUGCUCUUCGAUCUGUUAUCCUGGAGACAAUGCUGGAGAAAGAUGUCUCCAAUCAGGACUGCUUCAAUCAAAUUCUCACCAAACAUUUAAUGGAGUUAUCCCGGGUAUCUAGGCUCGCUAACAACACCCAGCUACCAGAAAAGGCCAUGUUCCAGAUUAAGCAGCAUAACUCUGCACAGUUCCUUGUGUCUGAAUGGCAGCUUGAAGAAGCGCAAGUCUUUUGGGCUAAAAAGGAGCAAAGCCUAGCCCUGGGUCUACUCCGACAAAUGGUGGACAAAUUGGAAGCUAACAGCUUUGAGGUGGAGAAUGAUCCCAGCCUUCAGCUGAUUUAUGUUGAUUGCUUGAGGUUAUGUGGGAACUGGUUGGCAGAAACGUGUCUGGAAAGUCCCACAAUCAUUAUGCAGAACUAUCUGGAGAAGGCAGUGGAAGUAGCGGAAGGCUACAGCACGGGCAGCUGUGACCGCCUGCAGGAAGGAAGGAUGAAGGCAUUUCUGUCAUUAGCUCGUUUCUCCGAUGCCCAGUAUCAGCGAAUCGAUAAUUACAUGAAAUCCUCUGAGUUUGAGAACAAGCAGGCGUUACUGGCAAAAGCAAAGGAGGAAGUGGAGUUAAUGAGACAGCACAAGGUUCAGGCCAACAGAUACACAGUAAAGGUUCAGCGAGAACUGGAAUUGGAUGAAUGUGCGAUUUCUGCUCUGAAGGAGGACAGGAAACACUUUCUCUGCACAGCCAUAAGGAACUACAUCAGCUGCCUGGUGUCCGGGGAGGAACACGACAUGUGGAUAUUCCGUCUGUGCUCUCUCUGGUUGGAGAAUUCUGCAUUGUCCGAAGUGAAUAGCAUUAUGAAGAAAGAUUCCCAGAAGAUCCCCUCCUACAAGUUCCUCCCUCUGAUGUACCAGCUGGCCGCUCGCAUGGGGACCAAGAAGAUGGGGAGACAGGAUUUCCACGAAGUGCUCAAUAAUGUGAUCAGCCAAACCUCUCUGGACCACCCCUAUCACACGCUCUUUAUUAUACUGGCAUUAGCAAAUGCCAAUAAAGACGAUCUCCUUAUGAAGUCCGAGGUCGUGAAACGAGGCCGUCUCUCCAAGAAUGCCCCAAAGAAGAUAUCACAGACCGAUGAGGAUCGUAUGGAAGCUGCAUCCAAUAUAGUGAAUACCAUAAGGAAGCACAGGGCGCACAUGGUGCGAGACGUCGAGAGGCUGUGUGACGCUUACAUAAUAUUAGCAAACAUGGAUGCCAACCAAUGGAAAGCUCAGCGCAAAGCAAUACCCAUCCCAUCAGAUCAGCCCAUCACUAAACUGAAAAACCUGCAGGACGUCGUCAUUCCUACCAUGGAGCUUAAGGUUGAUCCCAGCGGGAAGUAUGAAAACUUGGUGACAAUUACAUCUUUCAAGCCUGAGUUCCGCUUGGCUGGGGGUCUGAAUCUUCCAAAAAUAAUUGACUGUGUGGGUUCAGACGGGAAGGAGAGACGACAGCUUGUCAAGGGUCGGGAUGAUCUGAGACAAGACGCGGUGAUGCAGCAGGUGUUCCAGAUGUGUAAUACACUAUUACAGAGGGAUAGUGAGACCAGGAAGAGGAAGCUAGCCAUCCGCAGAUACAAGGUGGUGCCAUUAUCCCAGAGGAGCGGUGUGCUGGAAUGGUGCGCCGGUACAGUCCCCAUCGGUGAAUAUUUGGUGAAUGCAGAAGAUGGCUCACACAAACGUUACCGGCCUGGAGACUACAGCAGCCUACAAUGUCAGAAGAAAAUGAUGGACGUCCAGAGAGGACGAUUUGAAGACAAGUAUCAGGCAUUCCUAGACCUCUCUGAGCAUUUCCGACCUGUCUUCCGCUAUUUCUGUAUGGAGAAGUUUUUGGAUCCGGCUGUUUGGUUUGAGAAGCGGCUGGCGUACACACGCAGUGUAGCUACAUCAUCCAUAGUUGGCUACAUUGUGGGACUUGGAGACAGACAUGUGCAGAACAUACUGAUAGAUGAGGAGACAGCGGAGCUCGUUCACAUUGAUUUGGGUGUUGCCUUUGAGCAAGGAAAAAUCCUUCCAACUCCCGAGACAGUUCCUUUCCGUUUAACGCGAGACAUUGUGGACGGCAUGGGCAUUACCGGAGUAGAAGGAGUCUUCAGGAGAUGCUGUGAGAAGACCAUGGAAGUUAUGAGGAGUUCUCAAGAUGCUCUACUGACUAUUGUAGAAGUCCUGCUUUAUGACCCCUUGUUUGACUGGACUAUGAAUCCUCUGAAGGCGCUCUAUCUACAGCAGGAUGAAGCAGAGCUGAAUGCAACAUUACCAGAGGACCCAGAGUGCAACAGGAACAGCUGCAACGACACUCAGAGCUUCAAUAAAGUGGCAGAACGUGUCCUCUUACGACUCCAGGAGAAGCUGAAGGGGGUAGAGGAGGGGACUGUGCUCAACGCAGAAGGACAAGUGAAUCUCCUCAUCCAGCAGGCCAUGGAUCCUAAAAAUCUAAGCAAACUAUUCCCUGGUUGGAAAGCCUGGGUGUAAUGCUAGGCCCUGUCAUAUCUGGGUUAUUUUCAUUCACAAGAUGGCUUUGUAAGUGAUUGGCUCUGUGUACAGCUGGCAUUCAAACGAGAGAUUAGAAAAAUGGUCUGCAGGUUUCCAGAACCCACACCACUGUUCUCCAUGGGCUGUGUGUGAUAUUGCAGCUCAGUCACAUUCACUUGAAUCAGCAUGAGCUGCAAUACCACACACAGCCUGGUGACAAAAGUGGUGCUGUUUGUGGAAGGAAUAUACCAGUUCUCCAGUCUACAGUUUUCAGUACAAAAUAUCACCUCCCCACACACACUCUCACCAUUUCCCAGUAAUAAAAACUGUACUAUAAAUUCUCACUGACGUUUUAACUUUGUCCUCUUCUCCAUAUGUAGAUGGUCUGUUUCGCUGGGUGAAAGUGACCCCGUUUGCCUGUAAAUUUCCAUAAACACUGAGAUUAUAAACCGUAAAGUAGAAUUUAUUACCCCAGAUCUAUGCAAUAAUGAACUGGACAGUAAUUUAAAGGGGUGGUCCCGUUUCCACAGUGAGAUGGGAUUAAGCACCGGUCCUAGGUGACCAGGUCCGCUGUUUCCCUUAACUCCCAUUUUAGUCAAUGGUAGCUACGCAAACAGCAUAGCAGGAUAAACUACAUUGCUCCGGGAGUUCCAGAAGCGGCGUAGCUUCUGCUACGCUAUUUAGGUUGCUCCCAUUCACUGCCUUGGGAGUUGCAGAAAUAGCAGAAUGCUGCCCCCCCCGGCCAUCUGGGUUCGUUGCUUAGUCCCUUUUUUCCUGAAAAUGGCGAAAUGGGACAACCCCUUUAAGAGCACUCCAGUACAUAUAGGUGACCCCCUGGUUUGUAUAGAUAGUUGUCAAGGUUGAUUUCAGACCUAAUGUUCCUGACUCCCUUUUGUCUCAGUAAUGUAGGGCACCCAUUACCUGUAUAUAUACACUGUAUUAUAUUUUAUGUGCAUUCUCCCUAAAAUAAACCAAUAAAUCACCAGUAAAUAUAAGUUGUUCGGUUUUCCAUCUAUCAAAAGUUAUUCUUUGGGUGGCACCCGAUAUGGUCACAGGUCUCACAGGAGCUGUCACCCAGCUUUCCUAGACUCCUGAAUGUUAGAUUUAUCUAGUGAUACCCAGCUCCUAGCAGAUACAGAGUCUAUCCUUGCAUCUUUCCAUCUUUAGUUUCGGGCGUAUUUUGAAGCUGCAACAGAUGUAAGAUUUUGACAGAAAAACACUACUCAAGGUUCUGGUAUUUAUAUCCCUUUUAUUUUAGCUGUUCCAGUACACAACAUUUAUUUUAAAAAAUUAAGCAACUUUUGUGUCUACAGCUCCUAUACAGACCUAUAUGUCUCCAAGGUAACAGACUACAAACAAACCCUGUGUAGUCUGAACCGGAAGUCAUACCAUAUUCCAUCUUUUUGACACCAUAAAUUUGGGAGGCUAGCAAGAAGUAGAGAUAAGAUGGAAGGUAGGAUGACUGCAGGCUCAGACUACAUACCGUAGGUUUUGUUUGUAGUCUGUUACCAUAGAGACACAUAUAGGUGCUGUAGAUGUGAAGGUGAACCUGCCCCAUAAGCUCAUUUUAUAAGCCUAAUGUCUGUUCUUCAGGUUUAGGAGGGAACGAUUGAUUUUGUUAGAUGCAUUACUGCAAUAUUGUAGAUUUUGUUCAUAAUAAAAAUAACUAUUAUAAAAGAAACUGCAGUCAGUCUGCAUAUAAGAUAUGACGAC